AUGCCGUCUCACACGGGUGCUGGAGAUGAGGAUCUGGCCCCCGAGCCUCCUGCGGCCGAGCACCUCGAGGGGCUGCUGCAGGAUCCUGCUUUCUGCAUGUUCACUGUUGCCAGAGGAAUCUUCGAGUAUGCAGAUGGCCCCAAUACCCAGGUGAUGAGUGCUGAGGAGCAAGCCUUUAGAUUUUCCGCCAAUAUUAUUAAUAGAAACAGAACUUUGUUGCCUAACACAACACUAACCUACGACAUUCAGAGGAUACACUUCCACGACAGCUUUGAAGCAACUAAGAAAGCCUGUGACCAGCUCGCUCUGGGGGUCGUAGCAAUAUUCGGACCUUCCCAAGGCUCCUGUACCAAUGCCGUCCAGUCUAUUUGCAAUGCCCUGGAAGUCCCCCACAUACAACUUCGAUGGAAGCAUCACCCUUUGGAUAACAAGGACACUUUCUAUGUCAACCUGUAUCCCGACUAUGCUUCUCUUAGCCAUGCCAUUCUGGACCUUGUGCAGUAUUUGAAAUGGAGGUCAGCCACUGUGGUUUACGAUGACAGUACAGGCCUUAUACGGCUGCAAGAGCUCAUCAUGGCCCCGUCAAGGUACAAUAUCCGGCUGAAAAUCCGCCAGCUCCCGCUGGACACCGACGAUGCCCGGCCGCUGCUGAAGGAGAUGAAGCGGGGCAGGGAAUUCCGCAUCAUCUUCGACUGCAGCCACCUGAUGGCGGCUCAGAUCCUCAAGCAGGCCAUGGCAAUGGGAAUGAUGACAGAAUACUACCACUUCAUCUUCACCACUCUGGAUCUUUAUGCAUUAGACCUAGAACCAUACCGCUACUCUGGAGUGAACCUGACCGGCUUCCGGAUCCUCAACGUGGAGAAUCCGCACGUGUCCUCCAUCAUCGAGAAGUGGUCCAUGGAGCGGCUGCAGUCAGCGCCCAAGGCGGAGCUGGGACUGCUCGAUGGCGUGAUGAUGACAGACGCUGCCCUGUUGUACGACGCGGUGCACGUGGUCUCCGUCUGCUACCAGCGCGCCCCUCAGAUGACCGUGAACUCCCUGCAGUGCCAUCGGCACAAAGCCUGGAGGUUCGGUGGCCGCUUCAUGAAUUUUAUAAAAGAGGCCCAAUGGGAAGGAUUAACGGGACGAAUUGUCUUUAAUAAAACUAGUGGUUUAAGGACAGAUUUUGAUUUGGAUAUCAUCAGCCUCAAGGAAGACGGUCUCGAAAAGGUUGGAGCGUGGAGCCCAUCUGAUGGUUUGAACAUCACAGAAAUUUCCAAAGGACGAGGGCCUAAUGUCACAGACUCGCUGAGCAACAGAUCUCUAAUUGUCACCACUGUCCUGGAGGAGCCCUUUGUCAUGUUCCGUAAGUCCGACACAGCCCUGUUCGGGAACGACCGCUUUGAGGGUUACUGCAUUGACCUCCUGAAGGAGCUGGCCAUCAUCCUGGGCUUCACCUACGAGAUCCGGCUGGUGGAGGACGGGAAAUACGGGGCACAGGAUGAGAAGGGGCAGUGGAACGGCAUGAUCAAGGAGCUCAUCGACCACAAAGCGGAUUUGGCCGUUGCUCCUCUGACCAUCACCCACGUUCGGGAGAAAGCGAUAGACUUCUCCAAGCCCUUUAUGACCCUGGGGGUCAGCAUCUUGUACCGGAAGCCCAACGGGACCAACCCCAGCGUGUUCUCCUUCCUCAACCCCCUGUCUCCUGACAUUUGGAUGUACAUCCUCCUCGCCUACUUGGGGGUCAGCUGCGUGCUGUUUGUCAUAGCCAGGUUCAGCCCAUACGAGUGGUACGAUGCUCAUCCCUGCAACCCAGGAUCAGACAUCGUGGAGAAUAACUUUACCCUGUUGAACAGCUUCUGGUUUGGGAUGGGAGCGCUGAUGCAGCAAGGCUCUGAGCUGAUGCCCAAAGCACUGUCUACACGGAUCAUUGGUGGCAUAUGGUGGUUCUUCACCCUAAUUAUCAUCUCGUCCUACACGGCCAACCUUGCCGCCUUCCUGACGGUGGAGAGGAUGGAAUCCCCCAUCGACUCGGCAGAUGACUUGGCAAAGCAGACAAAAAUAGAGUACGGAGCAGUGAAGGAUGGAGCUACUAUGACCUUCUUCAAGAAAUCCAAAAUUUCCACGUUUGAAAAAAUGUGGGCUUUCAUGAGCAGCAAACCCACAGCACUUGUUAAAAACAACGAGGAAGGAAUCCAGCGAACCCUCACAGCCGAUUACGCCCUGCUGAUGGAGUCAACCACCAUCGAGUACAUCACCCAGAGGAACUGCAACCUGACUCAGAUUGGGGGGCUCAUCGAUUCCAAAGGCUAUGGGAUUGGGACUCCCAUGGGGUCACCGUAUAGGGACAAGAUCACCAUUGCCAUCCUCCAGCUCCAGGAGGAGGACAAGCUCCACGUAAUGAAGGAGAAGUGGUGGCGAGGGAAUGGCUGCCCUGAGGACGAGAACAAGGAGGCCAGCGCUCUGGGCAUCCAAAACAUCGGUGGGAUUUUCAUCGUUUUGGCAGCAGGCUUGGUGCUGUCCGUCUUCGUGGCCAUGGUGGAGUUCAUCUACAAGCUGCGCAAAACGGCGGAGCGCGAGCAGCGCUCCUUCUGCAGCGCCAUGGCCGAUGAGAUCCGGCUGUCGCUCACCUGCCAGCGACGAGUCAAACACAAGCCCCAGCCACCCGUCAUGGUGAAGACGGACGCCGUGAUCAACAUGCACACGUUCAACGACCGACGGCUGCCAGGGAAGGACAACAUGACCUGCAACACUGGAUUGACACCUGUGUUUCCCUAGGGAAUGGGAACGGGGGGGCGGGAGGGAACGAAUUGCAGCAGACAAGGCUGGAUGCACUCUUAACUAGGGAAGAAAGGAUUAAAAAACAAGAAAAAAAAAAACAGAAAAAAAAAAAGC